GCGACGAGCGUCUACAAUACGCCCUACACUGCCUUCCUGGGCAUCCCUUACGCGGAGCCACCCACUGGAGAGCUGCGGUUCCAGGCUCCACGGCCAGCAGCGGCCUGGGAGGGCGUCUUGAACGCCACGCAGUACGGCAGCGACUGCGUACAGAGUACGGGCACCGGGUAUGAGGACUGUCUCUACCUUAACGUGUACGUGCCGGGCACGCCGGCGGAGGCAGCGGCGCUACCUGUGCUCUUCUGGAUCCACGGCGGCGAGUUCGGAUCUGGCAGCGGGUCAGACCAGCAGUACGGACCACACUUCAUAGUCUCCUACGGCGUCAUUCUCGUCACCACCAAUUACCGCCUCGGGCCGCUCGGUUUUCUCAGUACGGGAGAUGAGGUCGUCCCUGGCAACGCUGGCCUCAAGGAUCAGCAACUGGCGCUUACCUGGGUGCAGCGCAACAUCGCCAACUUCGGAGGAGACCCCGACCUGGUGACGCCUUUCGGACAGAGCGCGGGGGGCAUGGCCGUGUCCUUCCACCUGGUCUCACCUUUAUCUGCAGGCGUAAAACAUUCCGGUGAGCUGCCGUUCCUCUUCCUCAGGGAGGAUACUGAGUACAACUUUGAUCCCGUGUCAGAGGAGGAACAAGUGCGUCGAAGGGUACUUCGAUAUUGGACCAAUUUCGCUAAGUAUGGGAAUCCCACUCCAGCGCCAGACCCUAUGAUCUGGGAGCCGUACGACAACUCGACUCGCAGAUACAUGCUGAUGCAAGCCAACUUCACACUUGCAUACGACAAGGACGCACAGCGCAUGGGCUUCUGGAACGAGAACAUCGUGCUGCUGCCAUACACCGAUGACUUAAGAGGACAGAAGAUCGAGGUUUGAGCAGUGUCUGUUUUAACAAGAACAAAACUUCACUGGUGAAACAAAGUUAAAAACUAAGAGUAUUGUGUAAUCGUCACCAGGUGCAUGACUUUUCACUUGCUGCAGAAGAUAGACGUAACAGUGAUGUCUUGUGUCCAAUUUUGCACCAACACAAUUACAUGGCUAAGCGUACCCAGGACGCUGCUCAUGAGUUCAUUCUCUCAGUUUGAAACCUUAAUAGUCGCUUUAGAAACAUUGAGCUUAAAGUGUCUCCAAAGUUUUAUGCUAGGAUUAUAUUCACGAGGAAACGUCGUUUUUCAUUUUUGUUCUGCGUGGUUUUUUUAAGGAGUUUCCGUCAUGUUACUGUUAAUUCUAAGUUGCACUGUUAAUUGUUCAUUGUGCGACAACUUGUCUAUAAGAGCAGAAAUAUGUUUUUUUCGAAGAUGGCACAUCACAGACAGGUCAGACAAAUCUUAGCAUA